CUCCCCGAACACUGACGAAACGUCCUCGGCCCCGCUCCUCGGCCCGACUCGAGUCCUGCGAAAUCAACAAGAGGCGACGGCGACGCUGGAAUCCGCGAGCUCGGGGUUUAACGGUACUGCCCAGGAGCAGGAGGAGGAGCAGCAGCAGGAGGAGGAGGAGGAGGAGGAGGGACGCAACUGGUAUUUUUUUUUUUGUUCUUCUUUCCUUCCCCCUUCCCACGUCGGUGUGACCGCCGGUCUGACCGCUCAGCACUCAGCAGCAGACGACGUGUGGUCGCCGGCCAGAGAGACGAGCGCGCACCGCGGGGAUGGAGGCACCGAGCGAGCGGCUCUCGUCGUGAGACCGGCGCCACAUUUGUCCGCGGAACGCGUCCCGAGCAGCAGGUGCACUGAAAGGAUAACGCGGACCAAAGGCAAUCUCAGUGUUCAUGAAACUUUGCUACGAUUUACGUGCUGGGGUUGCCGUCCGCCAUGUUAAGGUAAAGCCCAGGUGCGCGGUGUUGACCAUGCUAAAGCGCCUGGACAAGAUCCGCUUCCGAGGCCCCAGGACGAGGGACGACUUUCCGGACCUGGCGGAGUCGCCGCCCGCCUCCGACAACGAAUGUAGCGACGACGUGCAGCCGAAGCCCAAGGCGGUUCUGCGAGACACGGAGGAGCUCCUGCGAGACCCUGCGGGUUCAGGGUCUCCCACCAUGGCUGCGGCCAUCCAGGAGUUCCAGAGAUCGGAGUCAGAUCGACUAAAUGAAGUCAAAGGUCACUUGGAAAUUGCCUUACUGGAGAAACAUUUCCUACAAGAGGAGCUGAGGAAGCUGCGGGAGGAGACGAACGUGGACUCCCUGCGGCAGGAGCUGGAGAGGGAGCGCACCAAGAGGCUGGACCUGGAGCAGAAGAUGAACGAGGUGCUCAAGUCCAGGCUGGAGGACUCUCCGCCACAGCCUCCCCGAAAACAGCAGUCGCCCUCCAACAAUGGAACAGCAGACAAACAGCAGAAGGAGGUGUGGAGUUCGCGGCUGCAGAAGUGGCUGUACGAGCGCUUCGGGGUUUACAUCGAGGACUUUCGCUUCCAGCCGGAGGAGAGCACCGUGGAGACGGAGGAACCACUAAGUGCAAAAAGGUUGACAGAAAAUAUGAGGCGGCUCAAGCGAGGAGCCAGGCCUGUCACGAACUUCUUGAGGAACCUCUCCGCCUUAUCGAAUUGGCACUCUGUCUACACCUCAGCUAUUGCCUUCAUUAUCUAUAUGAAUGCUGCUUGGCAUGGCUGGGCCAUUCCCAUGCUCCUCUUCCUGGCUAUCCUGCGCUUGUCCUUAAAUUACCUCAUCGCCAGAGGUUGGAGGAUCCAGUGGAGCAUUGUGCCUGAGGUGUCUGAACCCAUGGAGCCUCCGAAGGAAGACUUGACCGUGUCCGAGAAGUUCCAGCUUGUACUUGACGUUGCACAAAAAGCACAGAACCUCUUCGGCAAGAUGUCAGACGUUUUGGAGAAGAUAAAGAACCUUUUCAUGUGGGUGCAGCCGGAGAGCACCAGGAAACUUUACAUCUGCCUGUGGAUGGCGUUCAUCACCUCCUGUGUCCUGCCGUACAAACUGAUGGGUUUCAUGAUGGGCCUAUACGCCGGCAUAAAGUUCUUCAUCAUAGACUUCCUUUUCAAGAGCUGUCCGAAGCUGCGGGACAAGUACGACACUCCGCACAUCGUGUGGAACAGCCUCCCCACCGACCCCCAGCUCAAAGAGAGGACCAACGCCACCAUGUCGCGGAGGGUCCAGCCGGUGGUCUCUCGUGGCAGCCUCGCCACUGUGCCGUGUGGGGUGAGCAGAGAGGAAGAGACGGGUCGCUCCCACAGCACCAAGAAGGGAGCCUUCCAUGAGAUUUUCAACCUGUCAGAGAUAGAGCGCCCUCUGGCGGUGUGCGAGAACGGCUGGAGGUGUUGCCUGAUCAACAGGGACAGGAAGAUGCCCACGGACUACAUCAGGAACGGAGUGCUGUACGUCACAGAGAAUUACCUGUGCUUUGAGAGCUCCAGCUCCAGAUCCAGCUCCUCUAAAAAGAAUAAGGUUAUCAAGCUGGUUGACAUCACUGACAUACAAAAGUACAAAGUGUUGUCAGUCCUCCCAGGAAGUGGGAUGGGCAUCUCCAUAGCUACUCCUUCCACCCAGAAGCCACUGGUGUUUGGUGCCAUGAUCCACAGAGACGAAGCCUUCGAGGCCAUUUUCACACAGUACAUGAAGAUCAUGACCACCAGCAAACCACCAGCCAGCGCAGAGCUCUAGACGGACUCCAUCCCUGCAGCGAUUCUCUGUACUUGGGGCUCAAGUGUAAGCCAGAGAGACUCCUGAGUAUGUACUGGGAUGGAAGAUGCGUUCGAACACCACACUCCUCUGCUCUGCAAGAGCUUGCUCCUCUUGUGACGGGCAUCAGCUUCCUCAUUGGUCGGCCCCUUUGAUUGGCAAGGCCACGUCUGAGGGGGGAUAUGGGGGUGUAGUCGGAUUUAGACAUACUUUGUUUGUGUGUUGGACAAUGGAUGAAGCUUUCCGAGGGUUUUUUUUAAGGAGCGAGGGGCUAAAGUGGGGUUUUUAUCAAUCAGCAGAAGGCUGGUGGGGGGGCUGGUUCUUCUCUCCAACCUGACUGACCAACUGACUGGUUUCUGACUAACUUGCUUCAGUGUGUGUGUGUGUGUGUGUGUGCGUGCUUGCCUGCGUGUGUGUUGACGUCAUUGUCAAGUGGCUGUCUUUGCUCCUCAGUCAGAGGUCUGCUUUGGCAGGAAGAUUUCAAAAAGUGCUCCAACAUGGCUGUAAAAUGAAUAUAUCAUAAAAUGAGUAAAAUCUAAAACAAAUAAUCAAUGUUUAACUGCCAGACAUCUGUAGGGACAAAUAUGUAAGGUUAGCUUCAUAAAUCAGUGUAAAAAAACAAAAAAAAACAACCACCAAUGAUGAUAUAUUUAGAAGUUAAACUGGCUGAUUGGUGCCUCUUGGCAUUGCCCGAAGAAAAUAUAGAGGUGUACAAGUGUGAGAGGUCAGUGAUUGUGUGUGGGAUCUUUAGUUUCGUUUUUUUUUACAUGUAUUAGCUGUGAAAACGUCAGAUCACCAUUUGACUGACACAGAGCCUUUCUGUUUGUUUUACAUCGCUGCUGUCUAUGGCGCCCCCCCCCCCCCCCCCCCCUCUUCUUACUAGACACAUUUCAGCAGCGAUGCUAUGUGCUGGUCAUCUCUGUCUGUCCAACAAACAGAAAACAUACGCAGCAUUCAGUAUCCACUUCUGUGUUUGUACGUGUGCAUGUGUGAAACUUAGAGUGAACAGUUUUUUUUUUUCUUCAAAAAUGCCUUUAUUUUGAAAAAAUUCGCCAGUCGUGUUCUGUCUGCACUUUAUCAGGCCGUUACCUGGAAUUUCUUGUUGCCGCGACUAUACUUCUCUGGAAUCCGUGGUCAGUGUUGGCAGAUAGUUUCACAGCUGCCAGUUAUGUCCUGUUGUGUUCUUGUUUUUGUCUGACCACUUGGCCCAGCGCAGGUCAUCGCCUGCUGCUGCACAGUUGCAGCACAAACGCAGUGUGAGCACAGUGUAUUUAAUGCAGGAUUGAUGUCGCCUACAGGGAGGACAUUCCUCUGAGUCGGACAACCUUCAAACCGACCAUAAACAGAAGAAGGAAAGGUACCUUACCUUGAAAAUGAAACCUCUGGCUGAUUAUUUUCACAUCACAGCCCUUCUCACAUUUAAGCGGUGAGCAAUUUUCAACCUCUGACAUAUAAAUCAAAUCUGGUCGUCCAAGACUAGAGUAGAAAUAUCCCGUCAAACACGACUUCCUGUGAUUGGGUGUCCUCACUUUAAUAAAUGCCAGGCUGUUCGAGGUUCGAUAAGCUGUAACAGACUCUCGAUUCAUUUGAGCGAUACCGUUUUUUCAAGAUCCAAAAACCAGGAUUAUGAGCUAUAAAGACAUGCCUAAUUUGUUUCUGUUUUGUCUUCCUGUUUCUGCUUAUGUGUAACGCCACAGUGAGUAGAGGCUGCCGUCUGGGUGCUCUUCCAGAUCUUCUAAAUGUAGGCUUUAAAAAAAAAAAAAUGGUUGUCUAGGAAGUAUAUGGAUAAGACGUAACAGAAUAUUUUCAACGUCACUUUAUUUUGAGACGCCGUUCGCAAGAAUAAAGCUGGUCUUUGGGAUUGCAGAAUGGUUGGAUAUGUAGAAAUAUAAUGCCAAACUACAUCAGACACUUUACUGUGUUUUGUAAGACGAAUGGAGAUGGGAUCUUCAGAUUUUAAUAUGAGAGACGGUAGAGUGGCUACUCCACACUCCCAGCACUGAUUUACUGGGGUGUCCAGCAGGACAGGCUUUAGUUUCCUCGUAAAUCUGACAAAACACUCAAAAGCGAGGCCUUGACAUUUGAAUUUUCACUUCAAUUCCGGGGUAUUUUUAACACACUGAACACUUCUUUCACGUUCAACAAUCCUGAAUCACACUUGUGUCACCAUUCCACAAGAAGAGCAGAGUGUUAUUUUCAGUUCUCCGCCCUUGGACUCAAAUGUCAAGGUUUCUCUUCAAGUCUGUGCACGUCCUCUCGUCAUUGUUAUUAAUCAGAAUCAACAGGACUGGAUAUGAAGUUGCCAAAGAUGCAAUGGACCAGUUCAAACAACCACCGUUGUGGUUCAUUUUUUUGCUCAGACUAAUUAAAGAUGUAUUUUUAUUUGACAUGCACAUAGUAUGAUUUGGCCUGUUAUUUAAUAGAUUGCCUUUCCAGACAUGGAUUUCUAUUUUUGUUUAGGAAUAAAUUGUAUCCAUGAGUAGGGGAAAAACCUGUCGGAUAUUAGAGCAGGUGAAAUCGGUAAAGUAACUAAUGCUGUCUCACUGUGUGAUUGGAUGGCUCACUGUAGUCUUAAAGCUUUUACCUGAAGCCUUUUGUAAUCUCUUAACUCUGAAAAUCAACUCUCUGGGGUUUGCGGGCCCUGACGAGGCUGCACUCAGAUAAAGCACAGAAUGUAUCACGUUAUAAUUUUUUCUUUUCUUUUCUUUUGCCAAAUCUUAAUUUUUUUAUUAUCAUAUUCUGCCUCAUGUUUACAGAUGGUUGUAAAUAUUAUUUGUUUUUUUGUUUUUUUGAAAGAACCCAGUUUGAGUUCCUUUGACUCUGGAGUUAUGAAGACUGGACGGCGACACUGUUCUUGAAUUAAUGUGUCAGCUCUCAUUGGCUCUGCACCAUCUGACUAUCUCUGCUCAUCUUUGACCAAUAGGAAACUAAAAUCGUAGUUACAGAAGCAGUAUUUUAAAACCGCGUUCAGCAUGUAAAUUGUCAUAUCCAACGUCUCAGUACUUGGUCACAUCAUUGUAGUAUUACACCGGAUUCACAGGCUUCAUACAGAGCAGAGAUGGUCGUGAUGGACUGAAAGGACAACUGGAGUAUUUUGGUCUUUCAGUUUGUCUAUUAUGACUUGAAGCACCUUUUUGAAGAUUGUUGAGUAAGACAGAAAUAAUAAAACAGUUGGAUACCCCUCUUUUUUUCCUUUAAAUGAAAUAAAAUGUGUGCUCUCUACUGUACGGCACUUGGGAGGAAUGACUGCCAUGCUGUGUGUGUAUUGCUACUGGUAAAUGAUACAGAAUGGUUACUGCCGUAAUAAUCAAGGGGCCUCAAACACAGUGGUGUUGUCUUUUCAAGGUCCCUCCCCCAUUGAAGCUGGUGUCCUUGCUGUUGUAUUAAAUAUGUUGUUCCUCUUAA